AUUUGCGUCAUGGCGAAGAUGUCGCUGAAUCCAGAGGCGAACGACCUGUAGCCAGAAAGUAGACGUUUACAUAUCCAUGUCCACACAUUUCUUAACGACUUGGGUGUCACUUUGAUCGUUGAGCACAGGUCGCAAUAUUGAGGACAGGCAAGAUGUACGAAACACCUAUAAGCCUGCAGAACUGCUGCGUUGAUUUUAUCUGUGAAAAUCUGAAAGCAUUGUGUGAUGUCCAAACGUGUCUUGAUACCAAUCAGACGAAGUACACAUUCAAGGAUGCAGAUGCCUAUUUCCAUAGCAACCUUUCUGAGCAGCUGAUGGCUUCACUAUGUGACAAAGAACGUCUGAAUGAUGAAACCCUGGCUCUGUUUGACCCCAGUGUCACAACAUUACGACGCGUUAGCAUCAAAGAUGCACAAUUGACUACAAAAGGUUUACGAGUUUUCAAAUCACAUCGAAUCUCAGAACUAGAGAUAACUGGUCUAAAAAGUGUUACUGUGAAUGACAUCUUCAGUUGCUUAGGUGAAUGGACGCUUACAAAUCUACGGGUACUCAAUGUGAGCAACUCAACCUUUCUAAACAGUGCGAAGUUUUGUGUUGUUGUCUCCUUAUCAAAACUGAGAAAUCUUCAAAGUUUAAACGUGAGUCAUACAGAGUUCAAUAAACACGGACUUGAGAUUAUAGCUGAGGAUUUGCCUGGUCUUGAGAGCAUCGACAUCUCAGGGACGGCGAUUAAUGAUGUGUCCCCACUCCGGAAGUGCAAGGACCGUUUGAAGUCUCUGUCCAUGUACAAUCUACAGGUGACGAACACAGAGGACUUGGUGACAGUGUUGUGUGAGCUGACUCAGCUCGUCCAUCUGGACAUCUCCAGUGACAGCUCCCAGUCUUUCAUCAGUAUUUAUCCGCCCAAGUUUCAGAUUACCUCCCUUCUUGAGAGGAGCUUGUGUCACCCCAACUUGACGUCGCUGGACAUAUCCGGUAGAGAUGAUGUUGCUGAAGAUUUACUCAAGACAUACUUGAGCCAUCACCAACGUCUUCGGUUCCUUGGCCUGGCUCUCAUCAAGGCCUGUCAAUACUCCAUGUUCAUCGACGAAUGCCCUGAAUAUCGAAAUGACAUUGUGGUGACAGGUGAGGCUAACGAGAAGCAGAUCGUGGAGGCCCUGCGGAGGUACUCUACACGAGCUGUCUAUGUACAGAGAGCCCUGUUUAAAUUGUUCAGUUUCUCCCAGACCUGGCUUGAACCCCGGAGAGACAUAAUCAAGGUCGUGCUGCCGUCCAUGAAGGGGCACCCGAAGCAGCUCGGGGUACAGAUGGCUGCCACAGCCUGUCUGUACAAUCUUACCAAGUCAGAACUUGGCUCCAAACUCCACCCAGGUUGCCUGAAGAGUGUGGUUGAUCUGACCCUCACGGCCAUGGAGAACUUCCCCAAUCAUCAACAGCUUCAGAAGAAUGCCCUCUUGACCCUUUGCAGUGAUCGCAUCCUUCAAGACGUGAACUUUAAUCGAUUCCGAUGUGCCCGGCUAGUCAUGGAGUGUUUAUGUUCCUUCGAAGACCCUUCCAUGAACAGGAUGUCAGUGGCAAUCUGCUCUAUACUUGCUGCCAAGAUAUCAACAGAGCAGACAUCUAUCCUUGGUGCCAAGUCUCGGUACAUGAAGAAGUUGCUGUCGCUGGUGAAGCAGCGAAUGGAGUCGGUGCAGAUUGACAUCACCCUCAAGUUUACUCUCAGUGCUCUCUGGAACCUCACAGAUGAGUCAGCACCCACCUGUCAUGUGUUCCUCAACGAGAGUGGCCUGGAGUUGUUUAUGAAAAUGUUGCAGACUCUGAAUGACACUCUUGACCUGGAGAAUGAGAGCAGGGUCCAAGUGGAGACCAAAAUACUCGGGCUGCUGAACAACAUUGCUGAAGUUCAGACCCUACGACAAUCCCUGAUGAGAGAGGACUUCAUCAUGCUGGUCAAACGUUUGCUGCACACAGAGUUUAUUGAUGUGAGUUACUUCGCAGCAGGGAUUGUAGCUCACCUGGCCAGUGAUGGGGAGGAGUCCUGGCUGCUGGCCGGCACCCCCGCCCGCGAGGAUAUUCUGGAAGACCUGGCUACGGUUGUACGGAGAUGGCAGCAGCCACAGAGUGAAAUGGUGGCAUACAGGUCAUUUAAUCCGUUCUUCCCCCUGUUGGACUGUCAUGAUGCUCCCUCUGUGCAGCUGUGGGCUGUGUGGGCUAUCAACCAUGUCUGCACAAAGAAUGGCAAGCGGUACUGCCCUCUGUUGAAGGAAGAAGGAGGUGUGGAGAAGAUUCACCAGCUGGUGGUUGCCAGUGCCGAUCUCAAUGUAGUCGGCAUCUCAAAAACAAUCCUCAGCCUGCUGCAAGAACAUGUGAAAAGUGUGUAGACCGUGCCUUCACUUUGACUUCACCUCAACUCCUGGGCAGACAGGAACUCCUACGGGGGGUUUGUUGGUUAGGCGUAGGAAUUUCAGUGCAAUCAACAGAGAACGAGAUGAUCAGGGAUCUUGUGUUUCCAGGAACUUACGGACCAGUUGUUAGGAAUUCUACAUGGGCAACUUUGCCAGAUACAGAAAGUUGUUGUAAGAGCUGGUAUUUGGUAUUUUGGUGUGUGGGGUAUAAGUUGUGUAUAAAUCAGCUCAGUCAUUGUCAAGUUAGGGAUUGCAGCAGCAUACACAUGGAGUAUAUCACUGGAGCUGGAAAAACGUUCAUGUAGCUUCUCCAUGCAAGUAGUGUGUGCACGAGCAUAGCUACAUGGGUCAUAGAUGGAUGGGUGAUAGUUGAAAGACAUCAUGACCUGGAAGAGUAAUUUCAAGAUGGCUGUCAUUCAUGAUGACAGUGAUGCAUUGUGGGUGACAACAUGGAGGAUGCUGAGGAUGUGUGAACUGCAUCCUGGAGAUGGAAGCAGCCAUUACAACGUUGGCAAGAUUUUGUAUCCCAAGUGACAUUGAUGUGAUUUAUGGACUCAUUCUUUAGUUUGUAUUCCAGUUGACAUAAUGGAUGAUGUACAGUGACUUGACAUGGUUAUAUAUGUAGUAGUGUAUUUAUUAUUUCCUGGUUGUAAUAUUAUCAGCUGUAACACAUGGAGUGGACUGUAUGGUAUUACUGAACAUAAACAGCUGGAUGUACAGUGGUUCACCGAGUCAGAUAAAGGGAGACAACUGUAUUAGACACUGUUUUGACCAACCCUGACGUUUCUUGAGGGCUGUGAAGAUAAUGGACUCUCUUUCACUGCUUUUUGUGGUUGUUUUGUUGUUACAUGUUAAUUACAUAUUAUCCACUAUGUAUUUCAGUUUCCAAGGAUAAGCACUUGUCUUAUUAAUGAAAGAUGAUCAAAUUUUUGUAUUGUGUGUUCUUGUGCUUAUAUUAUGACUGAAAGACAUGUUGGAGUUUCUUGAAAUUUGACAUUUUCAUAAUGGAUCUGGGGUGAACCCUAAAAUUUUGAUAGAUUACACAUUAAAAUAUUUCAUUUAACGGUACAAAAUCAGUGCUGAUAAGACAUAUGAAUUUGCCAUAUUGUGGUCACAUGUUGUGGUGUUUGGUGCAAUUGGAGUCUAAGUUAAUUUCAGUGUAAAAUAAAGAAGGUGGUAUUCGGCUACGGACAGGAAGUAAGGUAAUGGUAUUGUUAUUCACUGCUAUCCCUGUUGCAGUGUCCCCUUACCACUCAUACAGCAUUGUUCCACAAACAAAUUGUCGGUUACAUUUUUAUGAUUUAAUGAAAAUAGUUUUUUUAAAUGCUUUUAUGAGUGGAUUUAUAUCCUUAAAUUCUGAUCACAGAUAGGCCUUUAACUCAUAAACAUAUCUCUACUGCUAUCAUACUGGUGAGACGUUAAAAAUGAGCAACCUGACAACUCUUUUAUUAUUACUGCAAUCAGCGUUCGAAAUAAACGUGUCAUUAGGCCCUAGACCGGAUGAAAAUCACUCGGACCCACAACUUUUGUUUUCUGCAGGUCCUUAUGGCAGACAGCUUUUUCAUCCCCAAUAACUAAGAGUGUUAUUUCCAUAUUGAAAUAUAGGGCCUACACUUCUGAUCAGGACCCACAACUUUUUAUAGUUCUGGGUCCUUAGGGCCUGCAGCUGUUCAGGGUUAAGGGCCAACACUGACUACAAUGGUAUAUCAUGAUCACAAUACUACCAUGGUUAUGUCAGAAAUACUUCUCACCAGUAUGUUACGGCUGUUAUCCCUGCGACUUCAUGGACAGUCAGUCAUGUGGCUCCCACCAAACGUUAUUCAAGUUUCAGAUAUUUUGGUGAACAUGCCAAGGAGAUUGCUUGAGGAUGAGGAGUUUAAGAAGCACAUUAUUUGUGGACUUUUGUGGCCAGCAUUGCCCGUGGUGUAAUGUAAUCAGUGUCUCAAAGCUGCUGAGCUAAUGUUAUUGUUGUACAGCUGUCUCCAAAGAACUAUUGGAUAGAUUAUGAAGUCACUUGGUAUCUCUAGUAACCAAUUAAAUGUACUAUAUUUGACAAACAGGUAUUAUGAUUGUUUUCAAUAAUAGAUUAUAGAGUGUAAAGUGUUGUUGAAGUUUUGCCAACAUUUUUAUUCCUGAAGAGCACAAGCAAUGAAAUAUUUAUUCUUAUGCUAGAAGAUGAGAUGCUUAUUCAGAAACUUUCCUGUGUUUAGAGUGGGACUUGGCUCGGAGAGGUAGGCAAUCCCAGUGGAUUCCAUUCAAGUACUCCUAAAUACAGGGGUUUGUGGAGAGUCUGCUCACACACAUCAACCACUACAUUAUGUGAAUUGACAGUAGGAAGGUGCAGUGGCUAAUGAUCAUUAUGUUCCCUUGUAGGCAUACGGCAUGUGUUGAUCCCUAUUGAUGCAGUCUCAUUGUAGGCAUACAGCACGUGUUGAUCCCUAUUAAUGCAGUCUCAUUGUAGGCAUACAGCACGUGUUGAUCCCUAUUGAUGCAGUCUCAUUGUAGGCAUACAGCACGUGUUGAUCCCUAUUGAUGCAGUCUCAUUGUGGGCAUACAGCACGUGUUGAUCCCUAUUGAUGCAGUCUCAUUGUGGGCAUACAGCACGUGUUGAUCCCUAUUGAUGCAGUCAUCGUAGGCAUACACGCGUGUUGAUCCCUAUUGAUGCAGUCUCAUUGUGGGCAUACAGCACGUGUUGAUCCCUAUUGAUGCAGUCUCAUUGUGGGCAUACAGCACGUGUUGAUCCCUAUUGAUGCAGUCUCAUUGUGCAGGCAUACAGCACGUGUUGAUCCCUAUUGAUGCAGUCUCAUUGUGGGCAUACAGCACGUGUUGAUCCCUAUUGAUGCAGUCUCAUUGUGGGCAUACAGCACGUGUUGAUCCCUAUUGAUGCAGUCUCAUUGUGGGCAUACAGCACGUGUUGAUCCCUAUUGAUGCAGUCUCAUUGUGGGCAUACAGCACGUGUUGAUCCCUAUUGAUGCAGUCUCAUUGUAGGCAUACAGCACGUGUUGAUCCCUAUUAAUGCAGUCUCAUUGUAGGCAUACAGCACGUGUUGAUCCCUAUUGAUGCAGUCUCAUUGUAGGCAUACAUCACGUGUUGAUCCCUAUUGAUGCAGUCUCAUUGUGGGCAUACAGCACGUGUUGAUCCCUAUUGAUGCAGUCUCAUCGUAGGCGUAUAACCAAAUGUUGAGUACUUUUGAAUGACACCUUUCCAACUUAUCACAUAAUGUUCACUGAUGACUUUCUUGGAUUGUUACCAUGGUUACAGUUUGCAACUGUUUUACACAGUUGUAUGAUCCCUGUUGUUUGAUUCCCAGUUGUCCAACUCUCUGAGCAAUAACUGUUACUGUUCCUCCCAUACAUUUACAAAAUUAUCAGUGGUACAAAAGUGUUCAUUGUUAACAUUGUACAUCUCCUUACGUUCAGUCACCCACAGGUUGAAGCACCUUGAGCUGGUCACCCGUGGUGAAUCAGAGCUGUGUCAACACUUGUAGAUCAUUUACCUUUUCCACAAGCACAUCAGUCAUUUAUGGCAAAUUUAUUGUUUGGCACAAAUAUUUUACAGGUGAGAGAUGUUGAUGAAAGUCGAUGGGUUGUUGAAGCACAAAUGAAAAUAUGAAUGUGUUAAAGAUAAUGAAUCAGUCAUUUGUUUGCAGGCACCUAUGACUCAUGGCUAAGACACAUCAACAGUACUCAGAUAAAAACAUAAUGAUUAAUUUUCUGUCAAGUAACAUUCUUUCAAGUUGAUAGGAGUCCCUGACCAUAGUUAGGAAGGGGGCGUGGCCCAGUGGUGAGGUACAGCUGUGUGGAGUGACAUCCCUUAGCUGCCAGGAUCUGAUAACAUUAGAUCCAAGUAUCACCUUGCUUUUGAUCAAGGGACAGAAUUCUUCCCAUAUGAAGCGAAGCUGUUGCGCAAAGUAGUCCCUGUGUUGAAGGCUGGUUUAAAAGUAGGUAAUUUCACAGAUUGUCAAAUUGUCAGGCCAGUCGUUCAUUUCAUGUGACCUAAUGUCUUGUUUUCUGUAUGACAUUGAGGUCGACAGGAGGGACUGUGUAAGUUGUUACAUAUAUCUUGUUGACUAGUUGUCACUACCAGCCACGGAAAGGCCAGGGGCAGGCAGAGGAAUAAAAAUGUUAUGUAUAUA